AGUGUGAUGUUCAGGAUCAGAAAUGCCUUAUGUGGAUCGUCAGAAUCGCAUCUGUGGUUUCCUAGAUAUUGAAGAAAAUGAGAAUAGUGGGAAAUUUCUGCGGCGGUACUUCAUUCUGGACACUCGAGAAGACAGUCUGGUGUGGUACAUGGAUAACCCACAGAAUCUUCCCUCUGGAUCUCCACCUGUUGGAGUCAUUAAACUUACCUACAUUUCAAAGGUUAGCGAUGCAACUAAGCUAAGGCCAAAGGCAGAAUUCUGUUUUGUUAUGAAUGCAGGGAUGAGAAAAUACUUUCUACAAGCCAAUGAUCAGCAGGACCUAGUUGAAUGGGUGAACGUUCUGAACAAAGCUACCAAAAUCACAGUACCAAAGCAGUCUGAUCCUCUCUGUCAAAUGGAUAAUGCAAACCGUCAAGCUGAAAGCCCAGGUGGAAAGAAGCAAGUGUCUUACAGGACAGAAAUUGUUGGCGGUGUUCCCAUCAUUACACCUACCCAGAAAGAAGAAUUCAGUGAGUGCAGUGAAGGGGGUGACAGGAGUUAUUUGAAACGGUCACAAAGUCACCUUCCUUAUUUUGCUGCUAAGCAUCCCCCAGACAAUGCUAUUAUCAAAGCUGGCUACUGUGUAAAACAAGGAGCAGUGAUGAGGAACUGGAAGAGAAGAUACUUUCAGUUAGAUGAAAACACAAUAGGAUAUUUCAAGUCUGAACUGGAAAAGGAACCUCUCAGGGUUAUACCACUUAAGGAGGUCCAUAAAGUUCAGGAGUGCAAACAAAGUGAUAUAAUGAUGAGAGACAAUCUCUUUGAAAUUGUAACAACUUCUCGAACCUUUUAUGUACAGGCGGACAGUCCAGAAGACAUGCACAGUUGGAUAAAAGCAAUUUCUGGCGCCAUCGUAGCACAGCGGGGACCUGGAAGAUCAGCAGCUUCCGAGCAUCCCGAGUCUUCUUCCGAACCCAACCAUGCUCUCUGUUCUGCCGUCCCAGCCCCAGCCACCUCACAUUCCACAGCCGCUCACGGCAGCCCUCUGGUCCCAAACCCUCACGCCAAAUACCCUGCCUUGGAGAAGCGAGGAUUUCACGAAUCUUUUACCAAGGCCAAGCCAGGGAGCUACAAGAUCCAGGUUGUCGCUCCAAGAGAAUCAGCUUCCAAAAUGACUGAAUGGGGCCUGUCGGGACCCCAAAGUAAAAAUGGCACUCAGGAACAGGAUCCUGGCCUGGUGGAUCUGGAUGAUGCAAGCCUUCCAGUUAGCGAUGUGUAGUGGUGGAAGUGUUUGGAGAAUGAUCCAUUUGUUCCGUCCUCUAAUUUCCUCGCUCGGACUUUUAACCAAAGAAAAUUAUAGGAAUUGAGAACAAAAAA